AUGCUUCUUCAACUUCCAACUGAAACACUCUGCCUCAUUUCCGCGCAGUUGGAAAAUCAACAUAAUCGCCUGCAUCUGGCAAGCUCAUGCCGACGACUUUACACCGCACUGCACCGGACCAUCUUCGUCGAAGUCAAACUGUGCGCCUAUCGUCCCGGGGUACCGGUACCAGAAAUUAGACAGGUGUCCCAGUUUUUAUAUACGAUAGUUCGGAACCCCGAUCUCGCGAGCGUAGUUCAGGUGCUGGACUUGUGCUCCUGGCAGACUAAGACAACCUGUGACAAUCAUGGUUAUCCUAGCGAUAUUGAUUUUGAUCGUGAUAUCAUGGAGAGGCUAGUCCGAGAAGCAAGCAGUGACAGUAAGCGACAAGUGACAUGGAUCAAGGACCUCGAAUGUGGCAUCACGGAUGCCUGGCUAGCCUUGAUGAUCCCUAGGCUGAACAAUUUGCGCAAAAUCAGCUUUAUCUGGAGUAUUCAAGCGGACUAUGUUUAUGGCAUGUUGAUAGAUGCUGCCAAAGCAGAGACCCCAGUCUUUCCACAUCUCGAAGAGGCCUGGGCAGCGCCCCGGGAUACGGAGGGCUGGUCAGAGACUGAACUGAUGUUACCAUUUUUCAAUUUCCCUGCUAUGCGAAAGCUAGGCGGCCACAUGCUCUAUGACGGGUGGGAGUGGACCGAGGAAGAGAAUCAACGCAAUCCAUGGGGUCUUCCCGUAGAGAUUGGUUGCUCAAACGUCACCGAUAUUGAUUUGAGAAUGUCUUGUGCAAAUGACGGACUUCAGACUUGGAUAAGAUCCUGCAAGGCGUUGAAAACAUUCCGUUACUCUCACGGCGGGGCCACGGUAGCAUACGAGCCAUCCAACCACCGCAGGCUUUAUGAGGCCCUUUUGCUGCACAAGACGACAUUGCAGGCAGUUUCGAUCAGUGAAGACGAGUAUGGUAUCGAUCCCGAAGAGAAUGAGAAUUUCUUCCUAGGGUCAUUUGCAGAUUUUACGAACUUAAAGACUCUACAUGCCCCCUGCACCGGCAUUGUGGAACAGGAGGAAGGAAGGCCGACGCAAAGUCUAGUAGAUAUACUUCCACCUUCGUUGGAACUACUAUCCCUAUUCUAUCACGAUAUGGAAUUGCUAGUGUGGUUGCUCGAAGAGUGUGAGCUCCUGCUGGAUUCAAAUGUCUGUCCGAAACUUGGGACCAUUUGCAUUAGACACUGCGGGUUGAACGAAACUGAGAUCGCUCACAAAGUAGAGAACUUGAAGCUUCGAUGCGAAGAUGCAGGUGUAUCUUUACGAAAUUUUCAUUCUGACUCUAGGGAUGAAAUGGAAUAUUGGGACUCCGUUUGGCCUUUUGAUCACGACUUUGAUCAGUGA